AGGCCGUUUUUCCGUUCCAAAACGAACGCGAGCGAGAACCCGAAGCCAGAGCUGGACCCCCACGAUAGAUCCGCCAUCAAAACGCAAAACUUCACUCUAAAAUCUAAUGCUAACGCUCGCUAGAAUCCGAUUGACAUUCAUGCCGGGCGCUACGAUGCUCUCCUCUUCCAAAUCAUCGGUAGCCCUUAAAUCAUCUACUUACUCGUUCUCUACUACCUCUUCUAAGCUCUUCAAUGGAGGAGCUCUUAGGAGUCGUGUUGCUUUCUCUUCCCACUUUUCCCGCUCCGUUUCUCUUCGAUGUUUUGCUUCUUCGAGUGGAUUUGAUCGAGUUAAAGUUCAAAAUCCAAUUGUUGAAAUGGAUGGUGAUGAAAUGACGAGGAUCAUUUGGAAAAUGAUAAAAGAUAAGCUUAUAUAUCCUUAUCUUGAUUUGGAUGUUAAGUAUUUUGAUUUGGGGAUAUUGAAUCGUGAUGCUACUGAUGACAAGGUUACUGUAGAAAGUGCUGAGGCCACUCUUAAAUACAAUGUUGCUGUAAAAUGUGCUACUAUAACUCCUGAUGAGACCAGAGUUAAAGAAUUUGGCCUGAAAUCUAUGUGGAGGAGUCCAAAUGGCACAAUCAGAAACAUCUUAAAUGGCACUGUUUUUCGUGAACCAAUUCUCUGCCAGAACAUUCCAAGAAUUGUUCCUGGUUGGAAGAAACCCAUAUGCAUUGGCAGACAUGCCUUUGGUGACCAAUACCGUGCCACAGAUACAGUCAUUGAAGGGCCAGGAAAGCUUAAAAUGAUUUUUGUUCCAGAGGAUGGCAAUACCCCUGUGGAGCUUGAUGUUUAUGAUUUUAAGGGCCCAGGUGUAGCACUUGCUAUGUAUAAUGUUGAUCAGUCUAUUCGAGCUUUUGCUGAGUCGUCUAUGUCAUUGGCUUUUGCAAAAAAGUGGCCUCUUUAUUUGAGCACCAAAAACACAAUUCUGAAGAAAUAUGAUGGGAGGUUUAAGGACAUAUUCCAGGAGGUAUAUGAAGAGAGUUGGAAGCAGAAGUUUGAAGAACAUUCUAUAUGGUAUGAGCAUCGGCUGAUUGAUGAUAUGGUUGCUUAUGCAUUGAAAAGUGAAGGAGGUUAUGUUUGGGCUUGCAAAAAUUAUGAUGGAGAUGUCCAAAGUGAUUUACUUGCUCAAGGAUUUGGUUCAUUGGGCCUUAUGACCUCUGUGCUGUUAUCAUCUGAUGGAAAGACGCUUGAGGCUGAGGCGGCUCAUGGGACUGUUACCCGGCAUUUCCGGUUACAUCAGAAAGGACAAGAAACUAGCACAAAUAGUAUUGCUUCAAUAUUUGCAUGGACACGAGGGCUAGAACAUAGGGCUAAAUUGGAUAAGAAUGAGAAAUUGCUUGAUUUUGUGCACAAGUUGGAGGCUUCAUGCAUUGAGACUGUAGAAGCAGGAAAAAUGACGAAGGAUCUUGCUAUUUUGAUCCAUGGCCCUAAGGUGACGAGAGAGUUUUAUUUGAACACCGAAGAAUUUAUUGUUGCUGUUGCACAGAAUCUAGAGGCAAAGCUUCGGGAACCUGCAGUUGUCUAACCAUGACCUUAGCUUGUUUCCUGUGGGAAAUUCCCACAAAUGGGAUAAUUCUUUUGCAAAUAACAGAUACUGUGUUAGACAUGCAGGACUAUUCAAAUCAUAGUUUCUUAAUCAAAUGAAUGAAAUAAAUUUUUUAGUC